GCCAGCGCUCCAGGGUCCGAGUACACCGCCGGUGCUCUUGGUCAGGGUUCCGUUGUGGCUACCGCUAUGACCGAAGCCUUCAAGUUCCUCGCGUACGCGCUGCCCAUCUACUUCGGUUGGCUUGCCGACACCAAGUACGGCCGAUUCAAGAUGAUCUGCUGGGGUGUCGCUGUUUGCGGUGUCGCCCACAUCAUCAUGAUCAUCUCGGCGCUUCCUCCUGUCCUUCAAUCCGGAAAAGCCAUGGGCCCUUUCGCCCUGUCUCUGUAUAUGCUCUCCAUCGGCGCGGCUCAGUUUAAGCCCAAUAUCUCGCCCACCGUCAUCGACCAGAGCCCCCACAAGUUCGCUCACGUUGUCACUGACACGAAUGGCGAGAGGGUCAUCGUUGAUCCCGAGGAGUCCAUCAACAGCGUCAUGCUGUGGUUCUACCUGCUCAUCAACAUUGGCGCGUGUUUCGGCAUCCCGACGACGUACUUGGCUAAGAUCGUCGGCUACUGGGCGGCUUACCUGAUCCCUACGAUCCUCUACCUGAUGCUCCCCCCGCUGCUGUGGUACCUGAACCCCCGUUUGGUAAAGCAGCCCCCCGGAGGCUCGGACUUGGGCAACGUUUUCAAGGUCCUCGGCGACAUCUUCGCUCACGGCGGCCUGGCGCGCAUCGGGCGGAAGGGUUUCUGGGAGCUCGGAAAGCCGAGCGUACGCAGGGCCGCCGGCAGCACGAAGGUAUACGAAUAUGAUGACCAAUUCGUCAACGACGUGCGCCGAACCUUCCAAGCCUGCGGUAUCUUCCUAUUCUCCCCCAUCUGGCAGAUCAACGACGGCGGUCUCGGCGCCGCCGCCAACGCUCUCACUGCCGGUAUGGAUACCAACGGCCUGCCCAACGAUCUUCUGGACAACCUGAACUCCGUCUCCAUCGUUAUCAUGGUCCCUAUCAUGAACCACCUCAUCUACCCGUUCCUCCGCAAACGCGGCAUCAAGUGGGGUCCCAUCUCCCGGAUGACCUUCGGCUUCGCGCUGGGCACCGUCGGCUCGGUCGGCUACUCGAUCCUGCAGUACUUCGUGUACAAGACGUCGCCUUGCGGGUGGAACUCGACGACGUGCGCGCAGAUCCUGCCCGAGGGCGAGACGACGGUGUCGACGGUGUCGUACGCGUACUACGCCAUCCCCGUCAUCAUCACGGCCAUCUCGGAGAUUUUCGUCAACGUGACGGCGUACGGCAUCGCGUACUCGCGCGCGCCCAAGAACAUGAAGGGCCUCGUCGCGUCGCUCAACCUGGCCAUGACCGCCAUCUCCGCCGCCAUCGGCCUCGCCACCGCCCCGGCCAUCCGCGACCCCUACCUCAUCUGGGCCUUCGCCGGCCCCACCAUCGCCGGCGGCACCCUCACCAUCAUCUUCUGGUUCACCUUCCGCCACAUCGACAAGGAGGAGUUCGUGCUCAACACCGACUUCAACGACCUCAAGAAGGACUCCGACCGCGAGAGCGACGAGGAGCGCCUCCCCGAGCCCAAGACCAUCGACGAGAAGAAGGCGAUCGGCGACGCCAAGUCUUGAGCCCGCGCCGACGCGUAGAUUCCGAGCGUUCCCCUCUCUCCCCCCUCCGUCUUCCAGCUCUGGCUGGCUUCCGGCGUUUUGCUACUAGCGGUGUGGCGGCUCUAGAUAGAUUCGGGCGCAAUGUGUGACGGUUGACGCGUAGAUGAGUGCAGAUGAAGCAAUAUAUACCUACAAACAGAUACUUAUCAUUAAUACAUUUCACGGUCUCGACCGCGGAUACUCCAA